AUGUCACGCUUCUAUUCCACGACUUCACAUCACGUUCAAUCCCCAUCCACAUCUAUUACGAUGACUGCCAGUGCAACAACUGCGUCUCAGGAUCCUAAUGGCGGUCAUUGUGCUUCCCCGUAUCUCCGUCGAAUUCGAAUUCCAAAAUUGAAUACAUUUCGCCAUCAUUUAGAAGAAGAUGAGGAUGAUGAAGAAUGGUUUGAAAUGCAGAUGGCUAAGACUGAUUUGAUCCGAUUAAGAAUGAACGAAUUGAAAAAUAACCGGCUGAAAGAUCGUACAAACAACAACAACAACGUUACAAAUGACUGCAAAACAGUGAAGACUUCAAAAAGUUUCAGUGCAAGUUCAACGGCAAACCAUGCGAUGACAAAACAAGAACGGUCAGAUGAUGUGGAAUCUCGUAACGGCAACAGCAGAUGCCUCCGUCCGUCAAAAGAAGAAGAGAACAAGAAAAGUGAACCGGAAAUAAUUGAGACGCAGACAAGUAUGCAGAGAUGUCUGUGGUUCCAUCCAAAACAUCUCUUCAAUAUUACUCCACAACCGGAGCAAACUUUCAAUUCCAAAUCUUCUUCUUUUCAUUUCUGA